AUGAAGGUAUUUCUUUUUUUGCUCGUAAUUGUCGCGCUCUGUGCGCAGGUUGCCGUUGCGGACUUUGGAGAUGAUAUUCAGUCCGGUAUUGGCAAAGGCAUUUCUGGCGCCAAAGGUGUGCUGAGCACCGUCGGCUCUGGUGUCGGCCGCGGGGCUAGCACACUGGCGGAGCAAGGCGAAAACCAGUCCAAGACGAAGGGGACAUCCAAGGGUGCUGCCAAGACUAGCCUUGCUAGCUACGGCCAAGACGCAAGCAGCGCUGGCGGUGGCGACUCUAACCCUGGUUCUCUGGAUAACGCGGCUUCGAUGGUUUCUGUGAAGGAGAAUCUCCCGAUGUACUUUCUCACCGCUGCGGGUGUUGUUGGUGCUGGCGCCCUGUUUUUAUAA